AUGAACAAUAUACAGUGCCGAGAGGUCGUCGAGCUGCUUGUUUCUGGAGUCCAGCCUAUUCAAACCAUUGGCCUGAUCCCAAUACUCGGCAAGGUGGAAUGGAAGAAAUGGGCUGAGCGCAACAUCACUCGUGGUUUUACUGCACUGGAAGCCAUCUUUGCGGAGACAUCCGGAAAGUACUGCUUCGGUGAUGAGCUGACCUUCGCUGAUGCCUGCCUUGUGCCUCAAGUGUGCAACGCUUACCGCUUCGGCAUUGACGUCACACCCUUCCCGACGGUGCGACGGAUUUACGAGGCGCUCCAACAACACCCGCUCGUGCAGAAGGCUGACCCGGCAUGUCAGCCGGACACCCCUCCAAUGGGUGUGCCCGACACGCCUAACCUUUUCAAGAGCCCCGGCGACCUGUAGUACUUCAAGCUCGAAGUCAUAUGUCUGGAUGUGUACGCUUCAAUGAAAA